AUGAAUAUGGGAACACAUAGUGUCUGGACGGGAAAAGACCUUUUCCGAAAUGGAGUGUGGUGUAUCAAAGAUAUGGGCACUGAUGAAUAUAAGCAUCUUCAGGCUCUAUCGCAAAAGAGAGUCAGCUGGGCAUCAAAUGAAGCAUAUGGCCAUUACAUGAUAUAUUUUUGUGUUGUUGUUAUAUUUCUAUUCUUCAUCAAAAGAAUCGUGUAUCAUUUUACUGAUUGCUCCUCCAGGUUGAGUAAUGGAAACAGCAAUUUGGCAAAACGUUUCUAUUACAAGGCUGCUGCAAUAAACAGAUGGGUCGGAUAUAGAAGGCUUCCGAAGCUCAUCUGCAAUAUUUUCCAAUUACCAUCAUCAUUGGGAAAUUUUUUAUUAAUUGCAGGUGGGUGUCUGUUUAUGCUUUGUUACACUUUCAUUCCAGGCUACUGGUACAGGGAAUGCCGUGGGUUUGGUUCACCUCCACUGGCUGUGAGAACUGGACUACAAUCGACGGCGUUACUCCCAAUAAUAAUUAUUUUAUCUGGAAAGACCAACUUGAUUUCACAACUCACUGAUAUCUCCUACGAGAAGCUAAAUGUCUAUCACAGAUGGGUAUCAAUUAUGUGCUGCUUUCUCGGAUGGGUUCAUGUGAUUCCUUUUUAUAUACAGGCCUAUAGAGAAGGUGGUUCAGAAAGACUUGCUUACUUCCAAUCUCACAAUAAAUACUUUGUCAACGGUAUUCCACCACUAGUGUUUCUGACAGUCUUGACUAUAUUUUCGCAUUCUUACAUUAGGGCAGUGUGGUACGAGUUAUGGCUGCAAAUACACUGGAUUUGCGCUAUUGGAAUGUACAUUUCUCUUUUCAUACAUGCUUAUCCUUCGUUAAAUGCCUGGAAAUAUUUGGUAGCUACAGUGGUGUUUUGGUUUGCACAACUGUUGUGGAGGGCUGUGCGUAAGGGCAUGCUAAGGCCCAAUGGAGGAUUUUUGAGGCCUAACAAGUGUAGAAUCAGAAGGUUCACUUCAAAUAAUGAGAAGGAGCAUUUUUUUGAAAUCGUCGUUGAAAAUUCCAAUGAUUUCAGUUGGUCGCCUGGUCAACAUUUGUUUGUCAAAAUUCCAGGCUUGAGAUGCCUUGAGAGCCAUCCUUUUUCGAUAUUGUCGAUCUGUGAGCCAAGAGGAGACAGUGACAUCAAACUUCUGGUGAAGACGGGUGGCCUAGGCGGCUUAACAAGAUAUUUGUAUGAUAAAUUGCCUGAUACAGGAUACACAGAAUCCAAUAUCUACAUUGAUGGUCCCUAUGGCGGAUGUUCCAGGCAGACUGGAUCAUUUGAAUCGGUAUUUUUGAUGGCGUCGGGCACUGGUAUUUCGGCCAUAAUUCCUUUCUUGAACGAAGCAUGCCGGGAGAUCAAAAAAGGUGAAUCAAUCACUGAAUAUGUACAACUGGAUUGGUUUAUCAGGCAGUCGGAGAACAUUGAGUGGAUUUUACCUGAAUUGGAAACAAUAGUUUCCCAUUAUUCGGACUUGGUUCUUCAAAGUUCAGCUAGGGUGAAUAUCCACGUCAAAGAAGACAUGGCUGGUUCUGAUAGUGAGUUCAUGAAGCAUUUGAGGGAUAGCUUUUCACAAUCUUCGUCAUCAGAGUCUGAAUCUAAGGAGGAGUUAUCACUAAAGCCUGCCUCGACCGAUCUAAUUACAAUAGUUAAUGCGAAGUCAAAUGUUUUGGAUAUAAUUAAGGACGCUGGAGAGAAACUUCAGCCGAGGAAUGUGUUUGUUGUUUCGGGAUCUGAUUCAAUGAAGACCCAGGUGUCGAACUCGGUUGCUAGCUUACAGGCUCGAGUAUUUGACAAUACCAAUGUGCAAGAAAUAUACCUGCACUCCGAAUCCUUCGGGUGGUGA